GCGCCCCAGUCGACUGACGACAGUCUUCAUCAUGGCUUCGUACGAUAACAAUCGGCGCGUGUGGAGCGGUCCGCGGCAACCGUGCGUCUUCAAUCCGGCGUGUAACUUCGGUCAGAUCGUGUUGAACCUGCUCGAAAGAUCGUCGGAAAAGGUGAUCCAAAUCGAUGGCGAUACCGGCCGGACAAUGACCCGAUCCGAAAUGCGGCUGCGAGUGGUCCGGGUUGCCCAGAAUCUGCAGAAGCUCGGCUACGGUACCGGCGAUAUCGCUUCCGUAGUAGCAGUAAACAGUGAAAACCUGGCGCCACUCGUACUGGGCCUGCAGGUCAUCGGUGUCGGAUUCAAUGCCCUGGCGCCGACCUUCGACGAGGAAGAAAUGAUACACAUGAUGCGCCAGACCCAAUCGAAGCUGGUGUUUUGCGACGCAAAUAAUUAUAACACGGUGCGAGCCGCCGCCGAAAAGGCAAUUAUUAGCGAACAGUUUCGGAUAUUCGUGAUGGAGGAUGCUCCCGACGAGACACUGUCGGUGGAUCAGCUGUUCGAGCCGACGGGAACGGAGCAUGUGUUCUAUCCUAGGUACCUUGGCGACUCCUACCAACUGAUAGCGAACAUAACAUGUUCCUCGGGAACGACGGGUCUACCGAAAGGCGUGUGCUUUUCCCAUGCCCAAACAAUUUCCGGCUUCUGCAAAGUAGCGAACUUUGACGACGGAAUCUGCCUGAAUUUCAGCACACUCUACUGGGGCACCGGUGUCUACGUGCUGAACAUGUCAGUCAUGAAUAAUUCCACUCGACUGAUCACACGACGGACUUUCUCAGUGGAUCUGUUCUUCGAACUGAUCCAAAAGUACAGGAUCAAAUUUUUCUACACUCCAGCCUCGUAUGCCGCGGCCAUCGUCGGUGAUCCUCGAGCCACAACAACGGACCUGUCCAGUAUUAAAUUUUGGGCCCUCGGGGCUUCCAACGUGUCGGAAACGAUUCGUGAUGCGGUGGAUGAUUUGUUGAAACCAACCGGAAGAUCGUACAAUUUCUACGGAACAUCAGAGUGUGGCUUCCUGGCGGCAGACUUUCUCAAACGGAAACCCAAAGCGGUCGGUAAAGUUGGAACCAAUAUGCAGGUUCGGAUACUGAGCGACGAUGGCGAUCCCCUUGGCAUUGGUGAGCAAGGCGAAGUUGUCGUAAAAUCUGUCGGAAUUCCGUUCAUAGGUUAUUACAAAAAUGAGCAAGCGUCUCGGGAGGCUCUGGACAAGGACGGAUGGUUCCUCACGGGGGACGUAGGUUUCUUCGAUGAGGAAGGCUAUCUUCACUUGGUAGAGCGGAAAAAGGACAUUCUGAAAUACAUGGGCAAUCAGGUGUCGCCAUCGGAAGUGGAAGCCGUCAUUCAGCAGAUACACGAAGUACUGCAAGUCUGUGUAACGGGAGUACCGAACGCAGAUAACACAUCCGAUCUGGUGACGGCGGUGAUUCGAAAAUACCCAAAGUCGGAUUUGUCGGCAGAGCAAGUGAUUGACCACGUGGCAAACCAUCUAAGCGACCCGAAGCACCUGCGGGGAGGCGUGCACUUUGUAAAUGAUUUCCCCAUGACCAAUAAUGGGAAGAUUAUUAGACGGAAGGUUCGACAGAUGUUACAAGACGGGGUGAUUCAAUAAUCCAAUCUACAAUUAAUUUAAAAUGUUUAAUUUAUUGUUCUUC